CUAGCCGCCCGCCCGGCCGGUCUAUGGCUGUGGCGCAUGCGCAGAAAGAGCGUUUUUCCUUCCGCCUCCUCUGUCACCUCACAGUUGGUGCCGCCGCCGCUGGUGUGGACUCAGGAGUAACGGGGCCGGACGGGCUCCCCCUGGCCGAACCCUCCCCCCCCCGCCCUCCACCGGACAAGGAGCCUCCUAGUCCCUCUCAGGCCCUUAUACCGCCAGGGGCCCGUCCCCCCCUGGAGUCGACGCCCGCCCUGCACCCGGUGAAGCUCUAUGUCUACGACCUGUCCAAGGGCAUGGCCCGGCGCCUCAGCCCCCUCAUGCUGGGGAAACAGCUAGAUGGAAUCUGGCACACUUCCAUAAUUGUCCAUAAGGAUGAGUUCUUCUAUGGCAGUGGUGGGAUUUCCAGCUGUGCACCUGGAGGGACAUUGCUUGGGCCCCCAGAUUCAGUUGUAGACCUGGGAAGCACAGAAGUUACAGAAGAAAUUUUCUUGGAAUACUUGUCCUCACUAGGAGAAUCCAUGUUCCGAGGAGAGUCUUAUAACCUCUUUGAACACAACUGCAAUACCUUUAGUAAUGAAGUGGCACAGUUCCUGACAGGAAGAAAGAUACCUUCCUACAUCACUGACCUUCCAUCUGAAGUCCUUUCCACACCUUUUGGACAAGCUUUGAGGCCUCUCCUGGACUCUAUCCAGAUCCAGCCACCUGGUGGGAAUACCUUCCGCAGACAUAAUGGACAGAGCUAACACGAGUGGAUGGAUGUGCCUAGUUUCACCAGGCUUUUCCUUUUUAAACAAAAAUCUAGCAGAUUUCUAUUUUAUAAUUUCACAUCAACAUUGACUCCAAGGAAAUGACAGGAUGUUUUUUCAGAAUUCCUGGGGAGAUGAUUUAUCAGGUUGCAUGUGGGACAGCGCUACCAAAAAGAUUGCCAUCAUUUCUAAUACCAUUAUUCUAACUUAUUAAGGUUGUCUUGUCUGAGUACACUGAUACUUUCUAAAAUAGCCCCCAGGCUGGAGAUGUGGGGAUUAAUUCUAAGGAGAAUGGAUUCAGUUUCAGGUAGCCAAGGGGAGGCAGAGGUUUAAGAGUCUAGCAGUCUCAGACUUGCAUAUUUUUUCUUUUUCACUACCCAUAUUAUGGGAUAUUUGCUGAAGUCUGUAACAGGAAGAUACAGGGAGUUUUGUAAUACUGCAGUGGGUCCCCCCCCCCAGUAUUAAAACCUUCUAACUAUUCCAUUAGUGUUGUGGUGUUUGCUCAAGUGGAGAAGUUAACCUAGCCUAGUCAGAAUACUCAUAGUGGUAAAGUCAUCCAGGUGAAUAAAACCUGCUAGCAUCUCAUUGAAACUUCUGUCAGUGAUGGAGUCUUCAGUGACAUAAGGUAUGAGUUGGUUGGUGGCUGCAGCAGUGUGUCAUCACUAGCCUUGUAAUGCUGGAUCCAAGAAUUAGGGGAUGGAGGACAGGACAUCUUGAAAAAUGGGUAUCCUUUUCAGUCAGGGAAAAAUGAAGUGAAACUUUUCCUUUUCCCCAUGCCAUCAAGCUCAUAGGCCCCUGUGCAGAAUACUUGUAACUGA